AUGAGAUUUACAGUCCUUUCAUUCUUGGCAGUGCUGGUGUUUGCCACAUUUGGAUCAGCACACAAAACCCAAAACUAUAUCAUCCAACUUAACCAAACAGCUGCUGUUGAUGACUUCAUUCCCAAGUUCAUUCACGAUACCACCAAAUUUUUCCAUGACCUAUUCAAGGAAGCUGGUGAAAAACUUGAAGACCUGUUUGACCGAGACAAUGAUGAAUCCGGUAACAACAAAGUCCGAGUUCGCCAAAAGUUUGACAUCGGUGGUUCCUUUAAGGCGAUUGAUAUUGAACUCAAGGAUGAUCGCAUUAUUGACAAGAUCAAGAAGAGUUUCUCUGAAGUGGUCUCGGUUUUUCCGGACGAAGAAGUCCAAUUUGAAUUGCCCGAGCCGGUUACCAAGAGCAAAAAGAACAACAAGCGCUAUUACAUUCGUCCUGUGCAUACCGGUGAAUCGACCUACGAAGAGCCUGAGGAAUCACAACCAUUUGAAAAUGACGUCUCGGCUAAUUCUGAAUCAUCCCAUGCUGCCAACACUGAAGGUUGGACAUCAUACAUUUCUGCCACUACGACUGCUGCCUCGGAUGACGAAUCGGUAACCAUCACCACAACUGCCUCUGCUGCUGCCAUGACAACCGCUAGUGAGCCGACCUACCUUGAGCAGACCAAUGCCCAGUGGAAUUUGGUCCGAGCUUCACAACGCGAACUCAACGAAUCACAGCCUUACAUUUACGAUUCGCGUGGCGGUGCCGGUGUCACCGUGUACGUAGUUGAUGACGGCGUUGCUAUUGACCAUGAAGAUUUUGAAGGUCGCGCAACACGUGGUUAUAGCGCAUACAACAGCGGCGAUGCUGGCAAUGACGGCAACACAACCACCACCUUUGGUAGCAGUGCACAACUUGAAAGCGAGAACCCAUACGACGGAGGUGGCCACGGUACACAUGUUGCUGGCAUUAUUGGUGGUAAGACUUAUGGUAUUGCCAAGAACGUCAGCAUUGUCAGCGUUCAGGUGCUUCGCGCCGAUGGCAAGGGCACUGUCUCGAGCCUGCUUGGUGGUAUCCAGUGGGUCAUGGAGCAAGAAAAGAACCGCACGCGCCCCGUUGUCAUCAACAUGUCUCUUGGCUUGCCCGAAAGCAGUGCUGGUGCCAAGGCAUUGAAUGAGGCUGUUUCUGCCGCUGUGGAUGCUGGUCUUCCCGUCUUUGCUGCUGCCGGUAACUCUGCAAGCGAUGCAUGCAAGAUCUCGCCCGCUGGUAAUAACAAGGUGUACACUGUCGGUUCAGUGGACAGCAGUGACAAGAUGGAUCCUUACAGCUGCUACGGCCGCUGCGUCAGCAUCUUGGCUCCAGGUUUCGAUAUCACAAGUACAUACAUUGGUGGCAAGGAUGCCACAGCCACCAUGUCCGGCUCUUCUAUGGCAGCUCCCCAUGUUGCAGGUGUAGCUGCUUUGCUGCUUCCUGAUUUGGACCAAGGCAUUGAACCCAAGAAGUUGUACAGCGAGAUCACUAAGCUUUCUACCACCCGCAAGAUUUCCGAUAUUCCUGACUGGCUUACGCCCAAUCGCCUCGUCUUUAAUGGCCAAAAGAAAGAUGAAGAGUAA